AUGAAAAAAGUAAACCAUCCUCAUAUUCAUAUAGGUGAUAAAUUAAUUGUGGCUGAUGCAGCUUCUAAGUUUCAUGCAAAUAAAUCUUACUUAAAAUAAUCUAUGGAUCAAAAAUGACUUCAAAAGUUCCUUUGUAAACUUUUCUUUAGAAAAAUUGAACCUAUGCUUAAAGUAUCAUUUCUUUUAAAUUUAACUGUAAAGCAACAAUUUUUCAAUAGAAAUUACAUUAGAAGAGUUUAAAUUAAGGUCAAUCUAGUGUAAUUGUUCAAAUUAGUAUUAGUCAUUGACAUACAGAGAAUUAGAGAAUUUUAUCUUAGUUGGAAGUCAAGUUAAGUAUUUUCGGAUAUUUAACCUAAAUGA